AUGGUUGUCGGAGGAGGCGGAGCCUUCCACAAAACGACAGGGAGUGCGGUUAUGCGGGCCCGUCAUAGGAACAACGUAACACUUCAGGCAGAAGCUCUGCUCGGCACGGUGCCUUUUGAAAUGGGGGUGCGGCUUAGCGAGAUUCCGUUGCCCACAAGGAUCUGCCUUCCUGCCUUGCAGGGAAGACCCUGGAUCACGGAGCUGUGCCUGCCGCGGUCACCUGACCCGCAGCUGUGUCUCUUCCCCACCACCCCCGACGUCCUCAUCCCUUCCCGGUCGGUCACCACCUCAUUCAGUCUCUUCCUUUCCUUCCUCCAGAGAAUCCAGUUCUUGUACCCGGCGUCCCUCCGGGAGCUCCUUCGGUUGCUGGCCUCCUUGCACGAGACCUGGCCCGGCGGCAGCCCAUCCCUGAUCCUGCUGGACAGCUUGGAGGAAUACCUGGCCAGUUGCCCUGGGCCUCACGCGGCCGCCCAGCUGGUGGCCUUGCUGCUGGACACGGCAAACCACUUUGGCCGGAAAUGCGGCGGUGCGGAGCCCGCAGGCUGCCACCUCAUGGUUUCCGUGAGGCUCCCAGGGGACGGUGGAGAAGGAGCGGAGCAGCUCUCCGUGGUUCAGCGCUACUUCGUGGCCCAGUGCUGUCUGCAUCCGGAGGCACUGGAGAGCGGGAGUUCGGGCGGCCGGGGGGGCGCCAAGCUGGUCAGAGCACGACUCUCCCAGCCGGGGGCCGAGGACCAGGAAUGGCUGCUGAGAUUUGAGCCCCAGGAGGAGAUGAAGAUUUCCCCGCUUCCGUGCCCGAGGGAUGGGGGCGUGGCUUCCGGGAGCCAGAGACCACCGGCCACUGGAACUGACCGCAUUCUGGGCCUCUGGUGGCCCCGCGCUUGAACCACAGCUGAGUUUCUCCUCAAAACUGCUGUCUGCCUCUGAACAGUUGUUAACGGCACGCCUUCCCUAAACUGGCAGGGGCAGACUAUGUGGGCAGAUGGGGGUUUUCCUCCCUCCAGACUUAGGGUAGCCUGCUGUUUGGAUUGGGCUUGUGCAGGCUGCUUUUCUUGAAGAAGUGGCACAUUCUGGGUUUGGGGCUAUAAAGUCCUUGGGGGGUUCUCCGAAGUGUCCCGUGCCCUGGAGGGUGGAAAGUACCUCUGUGUGCAAACGGUAAAUGCUGCUCGGCGGCCGGUGCCGGGAAAGGUCUCAAAG